UCAGUUUAAUGUGAUACCGUCGGCCCGUUCGGACGUGUUUUCUCUGCGGCGGUGUCUCUGGGAAUCUCGAGAGGAGCCUCUAUUCCGAGACCUGUGGUGUUCUGUAGUGUAUAGAGUGUGCUUUACAAGUUUACCUUACUGAAGUUGUCCUAAAUCUAUUACGUUCUGCAGUUUGCGAGGUCAUUCCCUUUGGCGGCGCCGGACUCGGUUUAGGACCCGUUACAUAAAUUAAGGCGCUCGUCGUAGCGACCCUCAAUGUAGGCAUUUUGGCUUGCGGGUGUGAAGAAAGCAGUCACUUUGUGUUGUGCGUGUGUGUGUGCCAAAAGUAGACCCGUUUGUUUUGGGGUUCGCCCACAUCGGAUGACACAAAUUCCCCGGAAGGAUACACGGUUCAAAGGAUUUUGGCGGGGUGAAAAGGGACCAGGACCAACACGCAAUACGCGCUGUGUGUGUGAGCGUGAAGCCUGCCGAAGAAUUUUGUAUGAAACAUAUUGCUGAUUAGCAAAAGUGCUGAAGCUCCUGCUAAAGGUGUGUAUUCUCGUGCGUUCGUGUGCUGGGUUGUCACUGUGUCACGGGGUGGAAAAGGUUGCCAAUAAAAACGGGAAAUUGAUGAGCCCCACGACGACGACAACGCUGGGAAGCGUGAUUUCAGGCGUUGGAGUGCUAUAAAAACAUCGAGCAAGAGCGGAUGAAAAAAUGCUUCAGUGAAAAGUCGGGCACGUGAGAUCAAUAACACAGAGAGCUCUCGGAUACACAAUCGCGCAGGAGAAGGAAGAAAAACUUUGCUCCGAAAAAAGGAAGAACAAAACAAAAAAAAAACGCACCAGCAACGAUGACGGUGGCGAAAAUGUCCUGUGACCUCGUCGUUUGAAAAAUGUAAAUAAGCGACAUUUUCUGUCCACGGCCCCCGGUCCGGAACCCCAAAAGCACACGAUUUCACCACAACUUUGACCGAAACACUCCAAAUUGCUGGUCAUUAUCGUCAUCACUAUCGUUAGACGUGCCACGGCUUCGGCGGCCGAAAUCGGAAAGUAGCUCUCAUCGUUUGCAUUUUUAACGUGGCCACCAAAAUCCACCGAGAAAACGACCGAAGCACCGAAAAAAAAACUGCCGUGACCGUUGCGUGGACAUCACGCUGAAGCGCUUUUUAAUUCAGGGCCACCCGCUUCAGAUUUCGUCGAGGCUCUCAUUUUCCGUCGACCGGCAGCACACCCUCCUUGAAUAUUCAUAAACUUUCCGCCUCUAAUGGCACUUGACGAGCGCCUGGAAGCGUGAAAGUUUUCAUCCUUUUAUUUUUUUCAUUCGCCACCCCCUCCCACGUGGUUGUUUUUCUUUUGCCUAUUAUUAUUUUUCUUUUUGUUUCUCUUUUGUUCUCCUCCAACAGCCGACUAAGUGAAAAUUGAUACCGAACGACGACGGCGUCGCUCUACAGAAGGCGUUCUCUCGCUCUUUAUUUAAACGUGAGAAUAGAGCCAAAAGUAAACAAACACGUGCGCGUAAUUGUGGAAAAGUGAUUAUCUUUCCCCCGGCACGUCGAAGACGACGACGACGACAACGACGACAAACGGAGGAAAAGAAAUAAAGUAAUUAUUCUGGCGCACUGUGAGAGUGUGUUUUUUUUUGUUUGCUCCAAGGGUGAAAAGUUUAGCCGAAGAAGCUCUGCUCCUGCGAGUGAGAGUGGGCAAAUGAAAAUUUCCGUUCUGUAAUUAUGUGAGAAACAGAUGCGUACUUUUGGAGUCCCAAAAACUUUCGACGCAGCCGGUGUGGUGGAAAAGUAAAAUAUUAAUAAACAGUCAGAUUCGGAAAAUUGCGCCAACAGUCAGACUGGGUCACAGUAUGUGGUAAUGUAAAGUAAGAAAAAAAAAACGCAAAUAAUAAUCCGAACCGAGAAAAGGACACUCGUAAUUUCCGGCGACGGCUAACGGACAGAAGGACGACGACGGACGAGGACGACCGAACGCUCCCAAAUGUCGAAUGCAUGAAACAUAAUGGAUUACCUGGGCAGCAGCUUAAAAUGGACCUCCAAAGACUAUUGAAGGUCUUCCGGGUCGUCGCCUUCACAUGGGUCUGCCUGGCCGCCACGUGCUGUGUUAGACUGGCGGAUGCGAGAAUCGGAUACUUCUGGCACAUAACGGAUUUACAUUUCGACUCAUACUACACCACCAAGGGGGAUAUUUUCCGAAGCUGUUGGGAGAACGAGCACCACUCGGGCACGAGCAACACGAAACGGCCCGGCCCGUACGGUGACCACAUGUGCGACAGCCCAUGGAGUCUGCUCGAGUCGGCCACGCAAGCGAUGAAAUCCAAGCAAGGCGAUAACGUCGAAUUUGUCCUGUGGACCGGUGAUGGCCUGUCCCACUCAGCGCGCCGACUUCACGAGCCAAACCGGCUGGAGCUGCUGCGGAACAUCACCGAGCUGAUGAGUCGCACCUUCCCGUCGCAGUUCGUGUUCCCGGUGCUCGGCCACGACGACGGGACGCCCAACUUUGUGCAGCUUGGCGAGCUGUGGCGCCACUGGUUGCCCUCCGAGGCCCUGCAGACGUUCGAGAAAGGUGGCUACUACACGAUCGAGCAAACCAAGAGCAACCUGCGGAUAAUAGCUUUAAACACCAACUACAUGCGCCACGACGCCAAGUACUCACAGUCGCACUCGUCAGCGGUGAAGCAGCGCCCGGACGGGUCGAUCCAUUACACCGGGGGCCACGGCUACGACCGGGACCACCACAUGGGCCUCGGCAAGCACUACCACCGGGACGGGAUCAUCGUGGGCAGCCCCGGGGGUCCCGGCUAUCCCGUGUACAGCAGCGAUAGGCGGAACAGCUACAGUAGUAGUGGUGGUGUUAGUAGGAUAGACGGCAGUAGCAGUAGUAGUGGUAGUGGUAGUGUCGGUGGCCACGUCAGUGCAUUAUCGGGAUCAAACAGCCACGAGUCGGAGAAGCAGUGGGAGUGGCUCGAGGACACACUGGAGAAGUUUAGUAAUAAAAAGGAGAAUGUAUAUAUAGUAGGACACAUACCACCAGGCUCGGACGAGCGCCACAUUGGCCACACGAUGCCGUACGGACACACGAGCUUCACCGAGAAGAACAACGCGCGCUACCUGCGGCUGGUGAAGAAGUACUCGUCGAUCAUUCAGGGACAGUUCUUCGGCCACCUGCACUCGGACUCGUUCCGGGUGGUCUACAAUGACAUUGGUAAACCCGUGUCAUGGAUGAUGAUCGCGCCCUCGAUCAGUCCCCGGAGGAUGGGCGAAUCGAACAACCCGGCCAUGCGGUUGUACAAAUUUGACACCGAUUCCGGCCAGGUCCUGGACUACACGCAGUACUACCUGGACCUGGACCAGGCCAACCUGCAGGAGGAAGCGGUCUGGCAGCCCGAGUACAACCUGACGACGUACUACUACGGCCUGGCCGAGGUUUCAUCGGUGGCGCUGCACAACCUGGCCGACCGGUUCUCGAACGCGGACGAUACGCAGUUUGCCAAGUACUACCGCGCCAACUCGGUCCGCUACUCGACGCAGAGCUGCGAGGGCAUCUGCCUGCUCAAUCACUACUGUGCCAUAACGCGGCUGGACUACCGCGAGUUCCGCCACUGUCUGGAGACGUCGGCCAAGGCACUGGCCUCGAAGAACGGCUCCGGCUGCCACGGGUUCCCGGGCGUGGCGCUGGUUCCGCUGAUGGCCUGCCUGGUGGUUCUGGUGAACUUCAGGAGGGCUGCGGUGAUGGUCAGCUGGCUGGUGGUGCUCCAGGUUGCCGCGGGCUGGAUUGCCUCCGGUGGUCACCAGUAGAAGGUAGAUGUGGUUGUGUGCGUUGCUUUAGUGUAUAUUUGUGCAGAGCUGCUGUUUGCGUGUGGGUGUGAGGUUUGUGGAAAGUGGUGAAAAUGAAACAGUUUUACAUAUUCAUUAAAGUUAUUGAUUUUUUUUCUUUCGCACCCCUCGAUGGCCAUUAAGAGUACAAUCUGAAUGAAAAAGAGGGAAAACGCUUCAGAGGAAAUUCAAAAAGAAUAAAGGUUUUGUUUGACAGUAAAAUUUAAAUUUUAGGCAAACUUUUUUUCAAUUUUUCAAUUCAUUUCAUUUUAAAAUUCAAUACUGUGAAAAAUCCCAUCAGAAGCAGUAAAAAAUAGAAAAAAUAAAUCAGGAAACGGCGAUACAGCAGCGGUUAUGUGGUUUGCAUACCCUCAUCCCUCCCCCCACAACCCACGUGAUCAACACCAUCGACUGCGUGUGAAACUUUAAGCUAAUUUAUUGCCAGCAAAUUAUUUUCCCUGUAAACGAUAACGGUGAAACGCCUACCAGAGUGUACCGGACAAGAGCAUCAACAAAAACGGGAUUAACUGUGUGGCCUUGUUGCUAUUAGCGAUGGCUUUGCUCAUCCCUCUCCCUCCCCUCACGACACGCUGUCUCUCUUAACAUAAAUAUACUUGUCCGUGAAAAGCUGGCCCACCCACCCUCACGAGGUGGGGGGUGUUUUUUUAAAAAAGCUGCGUGUUUGUUGAACACUACACGGGCUUGCUGACCAGGGUGAACCAGCGGUAGCAUCAUCACAUAGGAGGGGCUUCCAGCAUCCAGUCUGGAUAUAAAGUGAGUCCCCGGUUUUGGAUUUCUGUGUUUGCGUGCUGUAAUUGGGAUGUUGGCUUUUCACACACGAACGUGGAUUUCAAGCGGAUUUUUUGGAAAAUGAAUCUAGGGUCGGUAUUACUUGCGGAACAGUUAUGGUAUACUUUCGAAUCAGUAGAGAAGUGAUGUGUUAUUUUGAGAUGGAUGUUGACAAUGACAAUGCCAAUUUUGACAAAAUAAUAUAUUUUAAAAAAUAUAUAAUUGCUGGAAUUUAUAGCAAAUAAACAACCAAAUCAGUAAAAUCUAUUCUUUGGCGUUGGUAAUCAUAAUUUUCAUAAAUUUUUUUAACAUAAUUAAAUCUUCAAAAGAAGCGGUCAUUAAAAUGUUGUCAUUAUAAACCAUUUUUAAUGUAAAUUAUAUUAGUUUUCAUUCGAAAUGCGUGAUCUUGAAAGUAGAAAUAUGGCAGAUAUUCUUUAACCAACCAUAAUUAAAAUUUCUAUGUAUUUCUGCAUUUUGCUUGUUAAGUUUUAUGUACAAGAUAAAGUUCUAUGAUUGUUUUAUUUUUUUUUUUCAAUCAAACAUUUUUCAAAUUGACUUAAUAAUUGUGUUCUGUAUGUAGACUUACAUAUUAAAAUGAUGAAAUUUAUUUUUCAUGAUAAAGUAAUAGCAAACAUAAUAGUGAAAGUAACAUUCAGUAGAAACAUCAGACCUUCUCUGGGUCGAUAUUUCAGGAAGCAUGGUUAAGAGCAGCAAUCGGAAUAAUUAAUAAAAUAAUUGAUGUAAGCUAUUAGAAAAGACUGAAAAUACCAUUUGAGACUUUUCAAAAAAUACAUUUAAUUUAAUCAAAUUUCCAUUCCCUGCAAUAAUGACUUGACAGUGAAUUUAACUUCGUAACAUAAUUUAUUGUUAAUAAAAUUAGUCUUUUGCAGAUUUUUAAAGAUUUUUUGUGAGUUUCGUGUAAUUUUCACGAAAUUUAAUGAUUUGAUUCUCGUAGAUAUUGGAAAUUUCAAAGUUUAUUUCUAGUUUUACAAGUUUAUUUCAGACUUUAUUUUUGCUUCUUGAUAAUUUUAUGAAGCUUUUGAAGAGGAAGUUGAAAAUUUAUAAACAUUAUUGGGAUUUGAAAGUCCAUCAAAACAUGAACAUCAACAUGAAAAUUCAAGUUGUAUUAAUCAUUUUGGCUAGACAAGAUAGUAAAAUUUUGUAUUUAUCUGGAAUUCAAUGCAAUGCAAAAAGCUAAAAUAUUAGAAUCAGAAAAUAUGUUUAGCUUCAGAAAAAUCAAAUAAAAUAUAGCCAUUUAACAAGAACCAAAGAACAAAGAAAUAUAGAAAACAUUUUGUUGAUGAAAAAAAAGAAAUAAUGGUCUUUUGAAGACUCACUUUAGAAGGGUCUACGCAGAAAGAAAUCAAUUCCCGUAAUCGUGAAUUAAUUUCACGAAUUUGAGAUCCUCGAAGGAAUUUAUUCAUGAGUAUGGUGCAUUUGCACCAUACACGUGAAUAUAUUCCUUCGUGGUUCUCAUAAUCGUGAACUGACUUCACGGUUUCGAGAAUUGAUUUUUUUCUGUGUACAGUACUUUAUGAAAUUUUAAAAUGCUCUAAGAAAUUUGAACAUUUUUCACUUUCCAUUUAAUUUGGUGCUUUGGAAUUGUGGUCACGGUGAAAUUUGCGAUCGUGAAAAAUCACUAACCUUAGAACAACUUGGGCUAAACCGCCUCAAUGAUUGAUGCCUUUCUAACAAAAUCAAUUGCAAAAGCUUCAUGUUUGUAUUUGAUUGCGCCUGAAUGCAUGCAAGAAAAGUAAAAAAAAAGUUCUGAAAAUUUAGUUUUCAAAUAUUCCCGUAAAAUGACGAAAGCGAAGUUUUGAUUUUUGAAAUUCUAGCUGAAACUUUUGAGGGUAUCGAAAAUCAACCCUUUUUGCAUUUACCAAAAUCUUUUUUGAAUAUUUCGAAAACUUAAUAAAAUUCAACAAUUUUCAGUGGGAGCUUAUGAGAACCCAAACCGGACUGAAUGGAAUUAACUCGGACAAGUCUGCUGAGCCAUUGUCGAGAAAUCCGAGAUAAUAGAAUCGUAUCCUACAGAUACUUGCUCAGAAUUUAAUUCUGUGUCGAUAUGAUUAAGUGAAGGUUUAAGAAGUUCAUUUUUUGGGUGAUUUUAUGGCCUUUCUUCAAUAAUGGUGGCAAAAAAUAUUGAAUAUAAGAAAUUUUUUGUAUUCCAAUUGUAUUCAAAAAAUGAUAAAAAUGCAUUUUUUUUUACUUCCAUUAAAUUAACACAAAUUUAAGAAACUACUUACAAAAUCAUGCUUUCAAGAAUAAUCGUUAAUUUCUUGCUUGAAAAGAUUCUGUUGUCAAAGAUGGAAGAAGAAAGUAACACAACCCAAGUAACAUUUUUUUUCCAGGAGUUCUACAAGAGCUCUUCAAGAUAGCUACAGCAUAGCAGUUUGAACCGCGGUAGGAUAAAAUUCUCUUCAAAACUUCUUCAGGAGUUUAGAAGAGUACUUGAAGAGAGUUUUAUCCUACCGUGGUCCAAACUGCUAUGCUGUAGCCAUCUUGAAGAGCUCUUGUAGAACUCCUGGAAAAAAUGUUACUUGGGAAUCUUCCAAUGGAUUCUGAAUGUAAAUGGUUCCAAUCCUCAUUUUACUUAUUUUAAUUAAUUUGAAAGCCUCAGUUUCAUUUAAAUAUGACCAUUAUUUUUAUUGAACACUCUUUCAAGCCUGGUAAUGUAAUUACAAAUUGAUACAUUAUUCGUAAGACCCUCAGGAGGAAAAAAACCAAUAUUUUCACUCCAAGCCCAAGUUACGGACCGUAAAUCACCAGUGGAAACUCCCAUAAGAACGUCCUUCCUUUUUUCCGAAAAAUUGAACUGAAAUUAAAUCCAAUCCCCCGGACGUAGCUUGGCAGCUUCCACGGAACCAACCGCCCAAAAAAAAAGGGGUAACAUUUAUCGCGCGGCAACGCAAUGAAAUUAAACCACCGCAGAACGCAGCCCGUGGCAGCGAAAGGAAUUCUCAAAUAAACCAUUCCAAGUGGGAGGGCAGAAAAAAGGGACUCAAAUAAAUCUUGCCAAUGACUUUCCAAAGCGAGGUGGAAAAUUUUCCGUUUGAAGGGUGGGGAGGAAAAAGCUAAAGCAAACCAAAGCUCUAACCAAAAGCCCACAUUUUCCGAAAUGAAAAAAAAAAAAACACGAAUUGACUGAAAUUUCAACAGAACAAGUAAAACAGAGAGAAGAAUGUUAAGCAAACACUCGCGGACAGGGUGAGAUUGUUUUAGGGAAUGAAAGGGGUAGGAAAAAAACAGCAGCGAAUUCUUUGUUAUUUACUUUUUUGCUGUAAAAAGGAGGAAAUUAAAUGUGAUAAAAACUGAUUGAUUGAGCGCCUAAGAGUUAAUGAUGUGGAACGAAAGCAGAGGGUUUGAAAUGAAGAUUUAUGAUGUUUUAGGAAAGGUCCCUCGGACGCUCCAGCAGCGGAGGAGGGUUAAAUGUAAAUAAUCACUUCAUAAGGCAGAUUCAUCUAGCGGUAUGCGGAACCUUAGAUAAAACUGCAUGAAUAUUUUAUUUUUUGACUAGGUUCAAGCUCCCCGGAAACGUGAAAAGAGACCGCAUGGCUUUUUGUUCCAAAAACCCCAGUUAUGAAAGCAUUCGUACGAGACACAAUACCAAAAUUGUAAAACUUAGUCUGUAAAUUUAGCUAAAUUACUACAAAAUGUGUAUAAAACGACUUAGUUUAAGCUGCUAUUCAACGGUGUUUGUCGAACAGCUCAUAGAGAAAAAAAUGCAACUAAACCAAAUCGAAACACUUAUUCCAAAUUUGUUGACUAAUUGAAGGCGAUCAUGUUUUACAUCCCAUUGAACUAGAAUUUUAUUACCGAAAAAAAAAUCUAUACAGAGUUGCAAACCCCCCAAAAAAAACCGCUCUGAACACAGAUCGGUGACAGAACGCUCUGUAAGUUAGCAAAUCCAGACUCUGAGUCACUAUUUAAUCUAUGAUCCAACCGAUGCAGAGUUUGAUUUCCAGAAAGAAUCGAAUAUUUAAAAACCAGAAAAAAAAAAUUAAAACACCUCUGAAGAUGCUACAAAACUCGAGGAAGCUAGGCCGAAAUUGGAACAGAAAACGCAAAAAAAAAAAUAACCAGAAACAAAUAAAGAAAGUAAAUGUUUUUAAAUAAAUCAAA